AUCUGUAGUUGCAGUGUGUAAUAUUAGGCCAUUUAAUAUUUUUUUCUCUUUUUCGGGCCUACUGGACUCUUGAUCGGGGGUUGGCCCUUUGCCUGGUCAGAAAUAUUUGUGUUAAAACAUCCCAUGAAAAACAGUUGUCUCUCUUCUUAAAAUCAUAAACGCCGUUUGGAUCUUCACUGAAGCUGUCAUGUUUUUCUUCUCACCUUUGCUCUUUCUUUAUCACAAUAAAGGUUAUCCUGUCACUACGUAGUGAAACAUUUCUUUUGCAUUUCUCUCAUUCAAUUCUCUUCCUUGUUUCUUUUAAGUUACUGUUCUUUUCGCGGUCCUCCUUUGACAUGUCGUAGGUAUAGAUGUAUUUACUUUUGUCCUUAUAAGAUGCGUAAAACUUCUUCAUAAUUUUUAUCUUGUCCUCCAUGUUUUCAAAGUGAACAAUCAGGGGCCGACAUUAGGACAUAAUGCUCUUCCCACCUGUGGGCUUUGUGCUUUUUCACCUUUCCUUUUCGGUUUUUGUGGGAACUCCUCACUCGCUGUGAGAAGGCAUAGCCUCUUGCAUAUGUAUAUAUCAUGUUACAAGUAAUCUUCUUUCCGGUAGCUCUCCUUUUCCGGUGUUCUGAAUAUACAUGUUAUAUGCUGUUAUUCGCUCUUGAUUCACUGUCCUUUAAUUAUUACAUAACUUUUCCAUUAGUUGAUUAUCGCUACUUUUUACAUUAUAAAUUGACUGAGUUUUCACCUGAAACAUUUUGUCUGUUCCCAAUAGCAAAUUUAUCUAUUCCUUCAGUUGACUAAUUUCCGUUGUUGUCUAUUGUCUAAAGCUAGACAACUUGUCAAUACUUGCCUUACUGUGCAGUGCUAAUUCUACUUUUGCGGCCUUUCCGCGAUUCUCAUCAAGAAAUCGUUGCAGCGUUCCUUAUUGUCCUUGUCCGUUUUUUACCGCUUGCAGUGUUUUGUUCUCUUUAAAAGGUAUGUAUCAUUCAGCGCAGAACCAAUGCAAUCUGGCCUGUCAGUAAAAACUUGGUAUGCGUUUUAAUUGGUUUUAAGGAAGUUGAGAGAACCGAAUAUCACACCUGUCGCAUUGUAGCGCCAACUUCACGUCGUUAAAACCUAUUUUACAUUUUCCACACAAUCCUUCCAUCUACUUGUCCGUCAUCUUCUUCCCGCCCUUUCCACGUGAUUUGUUCACUUGCUUUCUGGACCUUCGCCUUGCGGGAGUGACGUCAUUUCCUGAUCCUUUAAUUGACUUUCUCAAAAUAUCGAUUGCCUGCUACGGCUUUGUCUCUCCGAGGGUGUAAGUAUAACGGCGUUCUAAUCCUACUAGAUAAACUAACCUUCAACGUGCUUUGUGGAUAUUUGAUACACUGUGGGGCAAGCUUGCAAUUUAGCUGGUCAAGAUAUAUGAACUUUUCAAUUUGACCGCCUUAUCUCACACAUUCGCAAUAUUAUACUAUAUGUUAUAUAAUAUGCGUUAUCUACAUAUCCUGAUGUUUGAGUUCAAUGUUGACUAUCAAAUAUUGCCUUAACCCAAUCUAUGGACGAGAGAGGUGGGAAUGUUACCUCGAGGUGAAAGGGGGCUUCACCAGUUGUUGCAAGGCUAACAUAGAGCACAUGUAGAUGCAUGUUUAAGGUUAUACCACUAUUCAGACUGGGGCCACCAAGAGUAAGGAGAGGCUUAAUUUGAAGUUCAUCAGGAUGACGCCCGUCCCACCUGCCACAGGUGCAAAAUGUAUAAAUUGGAAUGCAUAGAUAACUCGUACUACCCCUGAGUCAGAGCUUCCAGUGAAUACGGUGAAAUCUCGGGAAAGAAUCUUUAUUGGGGGAACCACUGACGGGAACGAUAUGCCUGCAGCAAAGAAUGAUUCAUACUCCCUGACGGCACUUGGCGAGCCAACUUCAGAGAAAGAGAAAAACGCCCUGUCAGAAGAGCAACAUGUUCCGUUCUGGACGUCGUGUCGAGUUAUACUGUCCUUGAUGGGUUUUAUUGGCAUGAUAAACGUGUAUACCCUGCGUACAAACAUAAGUUUCGCCAUAGUUUGCAUGCUGAGGCAGGAUGGUUCAGUCUUCCGUCCAGGCCAAAAUGGAACCAAUACGACGAUAGAUGGCGCAAGAAAUGGAGAAAAUGCUUCCAUUGGCGGCAGUGAUUUAAUCCUUAAUUCUUAUGGGAAGAUGGAACUUAGUGACCCCCGAGGAACAUACGAAGGUGAAUUCGACUGGGAUAAAAACCUCAGAGGCACAAUAUUGAGUUCGUUCUACUAUGGGUACAUAUGCACCCAAAUAUUUGGUGGCUGGCUGGCGGGAAGAUAUGGCGGGAAACACGUGUUCGGCGCAGCGAUGGCCAUUGUGUUAGUGAUGACGGUUGUGACGCCGAUUGCGGCCAGGACAGAUCCCGCUCUUUUGAUAGCAGCACGUGUUCUGAUGGGGCUAGCGUCUGGAUUUGUAUUCCCGGCAAUGCAUGCAAUGUGGGGGAAAUGGGCGCCGCCAUUAGAGAGGAGUAGGCUGAUGACCUUCUGUUAUUCAGGCCCUUUUGUUGGGAUCGUAAUCUGUUUAUCGAUUUCCGGAUUACUGUGUGAGAUUCAGCUGGAUAACGGAUGGCCAUUUAUUUUUUACGUUUACGGUGGCCUCUGUUUCAUCUGGUUAUGCGGGUGGUACUUGCUCGUGUUUGACUCCCCCGCCAGUCACCCAAGAAUAAGCCAAGCGGAGAGAGAGUACAUAGAGACAGCCAUUGGUCAUCAACCAGGAGAAGAGAAACCCUCUUUGCAGAAAGUACCAGUCCCGUGGUUGGCAAUCGCCAAGUCCCCAGCCGUCUGGGCCAUCAUAGUGGCGCACACCUGUGACAACUGGGGCCUUUACACCCUGUUGACCAGUCAGCCUAUCUAUAUGAAAGAAGUUCUGGAGUUUGAUAUAAAACAGAAUGGAUUGUUCUCCGCUUUACCUUACGUUGUCGUGGUUUUCGGUAUCAUACUCAGUGGCCAGGUCGCAGACCAGCUAAUACAGCGUGGCAUACUAAGUGUAACGCGGACUAGGAAACUCUUUCAGUCAAUUGGCGGAUUUUUCCCUGCGAUCUUUAUGCUUGCCACAGCUUUUGUAGACUAUGACACCAGAAUGCUGGGCGUGGCCUUUUUAACAUUGGGAGUUACCUUCUAUGCGGGAACCAUGGCAGCAAAUCAAAUAAACCAUGCAGACAUUGCUCCUAGGUUUGCUGGUGAAAUAUAUGGAAUCACCAACAUGGCUUCUACACUUCCGGGCAUUAUAUCUCCCAGCAUGGUCAGUGCCCUUACGCCUAAUGGUACAAGGGAAGAGUGGCAGCGUGUUCUGUUUAUAAGUUGUGGUGUAUACUGUUUUGGCGCGCUAUUUUAUCUUAUAUUUGCGAGCGGUGAGGAGCAGCCGUGGAGCAAACCGGAGAAAUUGCGUUAUGAAGGCGAACAGGAAGAAAAAGAAAAAAUGAAUGUUGAAAAUGAAGAUGAUGAUGAUGACCAAUCGGCAGUAUAACCCUCAUGCAAUUUUUUUUUGGUCGUGCUUUUUUAAGCCGUCUACAUUGUAUUUUAUCUUUAUUAUAUUUCCUGGUGUUGCGGUGUGGUGUGGUGUAUUGUUUAAGUUAUAUUGGUAUAGCGUGUAGAAUUUGGAGAGGCGGUUCACAACUUAACUCGAAAGCGGGAGCAUUCCAUGCCAAAGUAUAUAUAUUAAUAUACAUUUUUCACGACACCUUCCAGAGUGGAUUGCAUUAUAUUACUUAGAACCACAUUGUACCGUGU